AUGUCUCAAAAGAGCUUCCUGGCAGCCAUUGCCCAACCGCAGCUAUUCAAUUUGCUCAUAUCUGAUCAGAGCUCUGCAUUGCCAUUGCAACCACGCGUAGUGCAGAUGCUGACAUCUUCGGAAUCCGAAUUACUCGAACACUAUCUGGAGCACACAAGCAAAGAUAUGACUGUCGACGACGGAGACCAGUAUGCACUGCAAGUCGGGAUUCCAAACUUGGCAUUCCAAAGCAAGCCUCUCAUGAGAUCUAUACUUGCGUUCUCGGCGAUAUGCAAAUGUCACGACAUUAUCAAACAAUUUCCGGUAUCUUAUGCAAGCCGCCAGGAGAUUUUGAGCCUCCUAUCCACUGCAGACCGAUACCACAUGGAAUCAAUACGAGAGAUCCAACCCACUCUUUCUAAAGUCAAGCAUUACGAUCAUAUUCUCGCUAACGCAGCGAUGAUGGGCAUGUACGGAUCAGGAAGCCAUUGCAUUCGCAUCUGGUUGACGGAGACUGCAGCCCCCGAUGAUCUGGCAUUAGACAGGAUCGCACCAAAAAGCUGUCAGUGGAUGAGCCUGUUCCGCGCUGCACGUGUUGCAUUCGGAGGACUGGUCAGGAAGUCUGGGACGGAGGGAAAUUCCCCAGAUAAGCUGGGUACCCCAGACAUUGAUACCGCGCCGUUCUCCUGCAAUGGACAGAAAAGCAGAUCGCACGACCAUCUGUUAUAUCCGAUUAUCUCUGCUACGGUAUCUUCUGCUCUGGUGAAACUCGGCGAAAAGACCAAGACGAUCAAAGUCAUCAUUCAUUCCAAAAUGCAAGAAAUAGGACAUUCUCCUGAUGAUGAUGAUUUUGCUGCCCGUGCUGCGGCUGACCUCCAAGCAUGCCUAGCAGCCUUGGAAUUGCUGAGGAAUAUUGCCAAAGAGACAUUUUCUCCCAAAGAUCGAUCAUCAAAUAAACCAGACCAUCGCCAUUUCGAACACCAGGCCGAUUCAGACGAACAUUUUGCCAAAAUUUCGCCCUGGAUGCGCAGGUACACAGCCAGCAUAACUUCAAUGGUACCAUCGAAACUUCCUCGGAGGUUUAUCAUGGCAUUUAUUCACAAAGCACCGACGAGAUAUCUGGAGCUCGUUGAAGAAAUGAUGGGUUUCAUUCUAAGCGAAACAGGCGUCGAAAGCUGCCUAGGAACUCCGGAGUCUAUGGGCCCGGAACCGGAUCUAACACACCAGUUGGCUAUGGAGAUUUUUGCACAUUGGCUUGUUCUGGUUCUUUUAUUGGAUGAUGUGUGGUGGAUUGGUGGCAUUGGCGCAUGGGAGCUCAAACAAAUCAUGACUUGGAAGAGAGAUGCAUUAUGGCGUAACCUUUUGUGGAGGGAUGGGGAGAACUGGUGGCCGGAAAGUAUGUUGGAAAUCAACAGGCAGCUUGAUAAACACCGGGAGAAGCCCUGA